AUGGACUGCAAACGCCAUUUCACCCGCCUCCAAUCGUGGGUCUUCAGUAUUGUCGUCGGCCUUUCGUGCGUCAUUAUUGUCGCAGAGCUGUACGGCAUCGCCGUCAUGGCCGCCCUCGGACCCGGCGCGGUCGUCCCAGCCAGCAUGGGAUUUGCCACCGCCCUCUUCACCGUCUUAUCGGUGGGACCUAUGUCGUAUUCACCAUCGUCGUCUUUCAUAACAACCGUCAUGUUCCAGACUGUCUGGCUUUCCAUCCUCUGCGUCCUCUGGCUCUCCACCGGCGCACUCACACACACCAUCAGAGAAACGCUCGCCCCCGACGGGUGUGAUGCACUCGCCGGCCACGAGCGGAGUGUGUGCGGGCAAUUACCGUUUGUCGAGCUGUACUGCUACAUAAUAAGUGCCGCCCUCCUGAUAUACACGCUGGCGCUCUCGGCGCUCACGACGAAGGCCGUCGUCGACGGGCACCCCGGCGUGUGGACGGCGUCGGCCUGGGACCUUCCGUACAACAAGGUCCUUCCAUACACCAAGGACCCCUCUACCGAGGCUCUACUGUACGAGGAAGUGUAA